UAAGCAAAAAAAAUAGUAACGUACAAUAAUUUCGGAACGUGGUUGACAGCAUUCGACUGAUAACUAAUUGACGAAGGAAUGAUUAAUAUUAUUCCCUCAUUACAGAGUUGUUGACGAGCGGUGACUAAACAAAGACAACGACUGCACCGCUUGCGAGCCAGCAGCCCGCACCUCGAAGUGGCAGCUUGCGCAGGUUGCAAUCAUGGGUUGGCUGACGCUCGCGGGCAGCAUGUUGGCGGCAUCGCUACUCUACCUCUUGCUUCAGCGAUGGCUGCAGGGAAAGCGAAUGCCUCCAGGAACGCGCCUUCCGCCCUGUCCUCCGGGCCUUCCCCUCGUGGGCCAUGUGCAGUUCUCGUUCAAGGAUUUCCACUGUAACCAGGCCAUAAAAUGGGCGAAGCAGUACGGGCCCGUUUACAGAGUCAAGACUGGCUCAACAGACGUGGUCAUAAUCAAUGAUUUCCAACUAAUAAAAAAGUAUCUGCCUAAAAAAGAGCUUAUGAACCGGCCACAGAACUGGUUCUUUAAUGAACGAGAAUACGGAGGUGUGGCCACGUUGAAUGGUGACCUGUGGAUGGACAAUCGGCGGUUCAGCAUGCAGGUCCUGCGGAACAUUGGCUAUGGCACGACAUCCAUGGUGGAACACGUCAAGAUUGAAAUUUCCGCUCACCCUUCGGGGAGCCUCUGCUUGCAGGGUGAGUGCCACAGUAUCGUGGAGAAAAUAUCCAGGGCCAACGGCAACCCCAUAUCUGUCCACAACCUCUUGCUUACAAGCACCUCUAGCAACAUCGCUUCGCUCGUUUACGGCGCACGGCACGCUCACGAUGACCCGCGCCGACAGUACAUGGAUAAGAUGCUGCUGGAUGUGUUCGAGGCGAUCGGACACGGCAGCACGAUUGAGUUCCUGCCCAUGUUCGUGCGCCAGCUUCUCAGGAAGCUCCCGUCCACGCGCCGAAGUGCCAUGGCUUCCAAGGUCAAGACGUUUAUCCAGUACACGAAGGGGCAAAUCGAGGAGCACAAGCAGACCCUAGACAACUAUUCUAAUCGGGACUUCAUCGACGGCUACCUCAAGAAGAUCAAGGAGCACGAGAAGGAGCCGGAAUCAAACUUCACACCUUGCUACCUCGUGGGCAGUGCCAUGGCGUUGUUCUUCGGCGGCUCAGGCACCGUCACCGUGGCCCUGCAGUGGCACUUUCUCAACUUCGCCGACAAGCCGGAUACGGUGCAGGCCAGAGUGCAGGAGGAGAUCGACCGAGUGGUGGGCAGGGAGCGCCAGCCAACGUGGGAAGACCGGAAGAAGAUGCACUACACCAUGGCCUGUAUCUGGGAGAUGAACCGCUGGAAGACCGUGUCACCCCUAGGAGUGCCCAGGUGCGUUCUUGAGGACACUGUCUUCGACGAAUUUUACAUCCCGAGUGGAACGACUGUCGUCCCCAACCUCUGGGCAGUGCACAACGACCCCAAGCUAUGGAAGGAGCCCUCGAAGUUCGACCCGAGCCGGUUCAUCGGAGAGGACGGCUCCCUCGUACAACCGAAGCCUGAGUACCUGAUUCCAUUUUCAGUCGGGAAACGCAUGUGUCCGGGCGAGAAACUUUCUAUGGUGGAAAUGUUUCUGUACAUCACGUACGUGCUUCAGAAGUACCGCGUUCUGCCCGAGGGAGACAAGAUGGAACGCUUUAACUCCAUCGACGUCUGCAUCGAGGAGCUCGACCAUUACAGGCUCAGAUUCGUUCCCCGGUAAAAGCACCUGGAACAUAAUACCUCGGUCAUUAUGCAGUACAGUAUUGAAUACAGCGACCCAAGCAGAAGGGCAUUUACAUAUCUGCUUCCAUCCAGUGCGUGGUUCGUCAUUCUAUAACGCAAUAAAAAUAAGACCAAUUUUCUGCUCGUC